GGAGCCGCAUGGCGGCCGCCGUGUCGUGGGGGCGGCUCGCGCGGGGGGCGCGCGGGGCGGCCGCGCGCCGCGCCUGCAGCACCGGUGCGCGCGCCAGGGCUCCCUUGGCCGCCGCGCAGGAGUUGCAAAGCUCCGGAAGAGGAGGCUUUCUACUGGAACAUGCUGCCCCCGUAUCUCCUUUUUUGACAGACAGCUUUGGGCGUCAGCACAAUUACUUGCGCAUUUCUUUGACCGAGAAAUGCAACCUCAGGUGUCAGUACUGUAUGCCCGAGGAAGGUGUUAAGCUGACUCCUAAAUCAGAGCUACUAACUGCUCAGGAGAUAAUCACCCUAGCCAGACUGUUUGUGAAAGAAGGUGUAGAGAAGAUCCGCCUGACAGGUGGAGAGCCACUCAUCCGUCCUGAUGUGGUUGAUAUUGUGGGUCAGCUGUACAAGCUAGAAGGGCUGAAAACCAUUGCUGUCACAACCAAUGGGAUCAACUUAAGCAGACUUCUGCCCCGACUGAAGGAGGCAGGACUGAAUGCCAUUAAUAUUAGCCUGGAUACUUUGGUUCCAGCUAAAUUUGAGUUCAUUGUCCGAAGGAAAGGCUUUCACAAGGUAAUGGAAGGAAUCCACAAAGCCACUGAACUUGGCUAUCGUCCUGUUAAGGUAAACUGUGUGGUGAUGCGAGGCUUGAAUGAGGAUGAACUGCUGGACUUUGUGGAUUUCACAAAGGACCUGCCCGUUGAUGUGCGGUUCAUAGAAUACAUGCCCUUUGAUGGCAAUAAAUGGAACUUCAAGAAGAUGGUGAGCUACAAAGAAAUGCUUGAUACAAUUAAACAGCGAUGGCCUGAAUUGGAGAAAUUACCCUGUGAAAGUUCCAGCACAGCCAAGAGUUAUAAGGUGCCACAUUUCCAGGGACAAAUCAGCUUUAUCACCUCCAUGUCAGAGCACUUCUGUGGAUCCUGCAAUCGGCUGAGGAUAACAGCAGAUGGGAACCUAAAAGUGUGCCUUUUUGGGAAUUCAGAAGUGUCCUUGAGGGAUCACCUACGGUCUGGUGCCUCAGAGGAAGAGUUGGUUCAAAUCAUUGGAGCAGCAGUGGGCAGAAAAAAGAAACAGCAUGCUGGCAUGUUUAACAUUUCCCAGAUGAAAAACCGGCCAAUGAUCCUGAUUGAGCCUGCAUUGAUGUCAUUGCCACUAUGCCAAGAUGCCCUACAGAAUCCCUCAAAUUCAAAACAGUGGGGCCACACAUUUAGCCAUUGGCUGACUUUGAGAGCAAGUUUACCCAAACAAAAGAGAAAAGCAUUAAUGAAAAAUAAGCUUACAGGACAACUUUUCCUGCCAAGAUCUCACCCAGAGCAACAGUGGCACAUAACGACAGGAAUUCUACAAAAGCAGCUCAGAGGCUACUGUGUCUUCCAGAAGGACCCAAGCUCCACAUUUGAUACAAAGUGCCUUGACACUUCUCCUGUUGGCCAAGUUUCUGUGGACUGUCAGUCCAAAGAGGCAAGUUCAGGAUCUGAAUUCUAUACCCCGGAUUUGGGAUCUUGCACCAAGGUACCUCGUGCCUCUGACAACUUGACUCACACUGAUGAGGAAGGACGGGCCACAAUGGUUGAUGUUGGAGGGAAGCCGGAUUCAAGAAGAAGUGCUGUUGCUGGUGCUGUGGUCCUGCUGGGUGAGAAGGCAUUUGGGAUGGUGAGACAAAACCAGGUGAAGAAAGGGGAUGUGCUGGCAGUAGCCCAGAUUGCAGGAAUUCAGGGAGCCAAGCUGACCAGCCAGUUGAUCCCGUUGUGUCACAACAUCCCGCUCUACCAUGUGGAGGUGUCUCUGAGCCUGGAUGAGGCUAGAUAUGCAGUGGUGAUUCGCAGCUCCUGUCAGACCUGGGGGAGGACAGGUGUGGAGAUGGAAGCUCUGACAGCUGCCAGCCUGGCUGCCCUGACAGUGUAUGACAUGUGUAAAGCAGUUACUCAUGACAUUGUGAUCAAAGAGGUGAAGUUGCUUAGUAAGACAGGUGGGCAGAGGGGAGAUUUCUCAAGGGUCUAGGUUAAUAUCCCGAUACCUCCAGCCCUCCAGAUGACCACUGCUCGUGUUUGGCCUCUUACAGAAGAACUACUUUUUCUCAGCUGGUGAGCUUGGAGACAUCAGCAGGUAUACACUACAGCAAUCCCAUGACUCCGGCAUUGCCUUACUCUGUCAACUUACUGCUGGAUGACCAGUGGAGCCACUUAUCCCUGUUAAAAACCAUGUGUGUUUUCUAGGGGACGGACAACCUCUCUGGGCAAUCUGUUCCAGUGCAUCAUCACCUGCAUAGUAAAGAAGUUCUUCCUAGUCAGGUGGAAUUUCCUGUGCAUCAGUUUCUCUCUGUUGCCACUUAUUCUGUGGUUUGGCAUCACCAAGAACAGCCUGGCUUCAUCUUCUUGGCACUCUCCCCCCUUCCAAUACUUAUAUAUAUUCGUGAGGUCCUCUCUCAGUCGCCUCAUGGAGGCUAAACGAGCCCAGCUCCCUCAGCCUUUCCUUUUAAGAGAGAUACCUGCAUGUAGCAAAUAUCCACAUAAGAUUUUCAAAACAAAAAAGAGUAUGGCAGCUGCCCAGUUCUCUGCCUUGAAUGCUCUGUAAACAUGGUGCAGAAAUAGGAAUUCUAGGUUUGGAAGAAUUAUUUGCUGAUCUGAAAGACAUGUUUUAAAAUGUGAAAAUCAUGUUCUGGUAUUUUGUCCUUAGCAAUGAAAUACAUUGAUGCCCUGUGUCACAUGCUUAAGGGCUUAAUUGUGCCAUGCACAGAAGCGGUAUCAGCUCUCCCUGACAUUAGAAAGAGUUGUCACACCAAACCCUAGAAGACUCCAAAUUUUUUAAUUCCACAGUGCAGUUCCUAGUAAUCAGCAACCUGCAUAGUCCUGACAGAUAAAACAAAGCUAAUACUAGUAGCCACUUGAAAGAGUAAGGUAAUUGCUUCUGCCUUGGCCGGAGUGUUUUCCUGCACGUUUCUCUGAUUUAUUUUCAUGAAGUCAUCUGGCCUUGGAGCACUCCAAUGUCUCCAUAAAUACAGCAGUGGCCACUGUCAUGUAACAUUAAAUAGUUGUGAUAAUUGACUGUCCUAGAUAAGAAAUCACUUAACAUUCUUGUUAAUACUGAUGGAUCCUUUUCAGAUGUUAAUUUAAGUGCUUUAAACAGGGUGUUACUAGUUUUCUGCUGCUUAUGGGUAAUGUGAAGUUGCAUAUGCUUCAGGGUACUUCCUCUCCAUACGCACAGAGUUGAAGACAGCUCUAACAAGGUCAAAGACUCUAAAAAAAAAGGCAUCUUAAGCUUUGCAAGUAGCUUCUUCUCAUGAAAUAAGGUUAUAUUACUGUGAGCAUUAGUAAAGCACACACCAGACUGCCACAUCCAUCGUGCUCACUUAAAGUAAGCACAGGUCUAAGAUGAGGCAAUAGGUUUUACUACAAAUCCUUUACAAAUCUCAUACACUAGCUACCAUAAAAGGCAUUUUUUCCAUUGCGGGUGAAUUAAUUUGAUUCUUCAUUCAUAGUCACUGGGAGCUAAGGCACAUACAGUGACAGACAUAUCAGCUAUAGCUGGAAGGGAAAGGAGUCUAGAAAACUUGAUGCCCAAAUUCCAUGAACAUUUGCACACCUACCUUUAGUGUUACAGUCCUGACUCCCUUGGUAUCACUGUGCCUCUCAGGAGUGUACCUAUCGCUGCUGUACUGAGCACCAACAUAUUCUCACUCAUCCUGCAAAUACAAAAGACUAUAUUCGUCUUGGAACUGCUGUGCCCAUAGCACAAAAGUUUCCUUAGCUCAGCAUGGAAACAAAUUGCCAGGAAAAGGAAGCACAUGUGUAACCUGCUAAGUUAACUGAGUUACACAAGCACUUACCUGCCCUCACCGUACACAAAGCACCCAAACUUUCCCCCAAUCUCUAGAUAAUUUUGAAAGUGAAAAGGAGACUAGAUGUGCUCAGUAGUAAUAAAAUGAUGUUUUAGGCACAUGAUUGGCUGCUGAGAAGUUUGCUGUCAUACUAUAAAGUUCACACAAAGGACUCAGGACCAUACAAAGGACUACUGAAGCACACACAUGACCACCAAGCACAUCUUGCUACUUACGCACAUUUCACUACCUUGUUGGCUUGAGAGUGGCUGGAAUUGUAGGGCAAACUGACUUUGGUGCCAUUUUAUGCUCAUGUUACAUUAUCAAGUCUUUAAACUAUGCACAUUUAUAGGAAAUGAACCAAGCAUGAGUCAACAGAACGUUUUGUGGGAGAAAUGAGGUGAGAACACUGGAUGUUUCAGGGGUCCUGGAUGGGCCAUGGCAUACUAUAUGUUGAUGAACUGACUACUUUUUGGAGGCUUGCAUUUUUUUGUCCACUGUAUUUUUAAUAAAUACUAGUUGUAAUGGA